CAAUGCUCGGGAUCAAUAACAGGUACCCAAAGGGUGCUGUCGUAUGUGAACCUAGGACUGACAACGCUAAAAAAAAAUACAUUUAAGCAGUUUUUCGGUUGUCCCUUUAGACUUAUACGUCUGGAGAUUUUGCGAAAACUCAGUAUCAUUCAAAAGUAAUAUUUCAGUUGGUUUCGAUUUUAAAAUCGAAAAAAACGAUGGAAUUGUCGGAUAUUGCCUUUCCAAUUCCAUCCGCAGACGACUUUUACGACGACCCGUGCUUCAACACAAGUGACAUGCACUUCUUCGAGGACCUGGACCCUAGGCUAGUUCACGUGGGCCUUCUGAAGUCGGACGACUACAACCACAAAGAGGACGAACACAUUCGAGCUCCGAGCGGUCACCACCAGGCUGGCAGGUGCCUUCUUUGGGCGUGCAAAGCCUGCAAGAGGAAGACCACCAACGCGGAUCGCAGGAAAGCGGCAACCAUGCGAGAGAGGAGGCGACUCAGCAAAGUCAACGAUGCGUUUGAGACCCUUAAGAGGUGCACGUCCACGAAUCCCAACCAGCGGCUGCCCAAGGUGGAGAUCCUCCGAAAUGCCAUCAACUACAUCGAGUCACUGCAGUCCCUGCUCCGGGGACAGGACGAGAACUAUUACCCUGUGCUGGAGCACUACAGCGGCGACUCUGACGCGUCCAGCCCCCGAUCCAACUGCUCAGACGGAAUGAUGGAUUUUAACGGUCCAACAUGCACGUCAAGGAGACGAAACAGCUACGACAGUACAUACUUCACCGAAACUCCAAAUGAUUCCAGAAGUAACAAGAACUCCGUGAUUUCCAGCUUGGAUUGUCUAUCCAGCAUUGUGGAGCGAAUUUCGACAGAUGCAUCCACUUGUCCUGUUUUACCGAGUCAGGAGGGGUCCGAAGGCAGUCCCACCUCCCCUAGAGAAGGAUCUAUACUGGGGGAGACAGUAACAUCCGUCCCGUCUCCCACCAACUGCCCUCAAACCGCUCAUGACUCAAACCCCAUUUACCAGGUUUUAUGAAACGUCUUGGUGCCUAAAACGACAAAAGACUUAUUUUGACCGUACAUUCUUGAAUGCCAAUGAAUUCCUUUAAAGGACGCGGGAAGACAAAAUAUUGGACUUGGUUACUGCAUGUUAUUGACGAGCAGGAAAAACCACUAAACAUUAAUUCUUUGCCAAUAAUAGAACGGUGUCCCUGUUCCUUAAAGUCGAAUUAUCCCCGAUUCCUUCGUGGUUCAUUCGUGUUGUUUUUUUCCCACCAUCUCGGCCUGCCUUCUUGUAUUUAAACGGGUGUAUUUGCCUAUGGAACUACUGUAUCAUAUUUUUCGACCACUGCUUUAGGGAAACAUUCAAUGUAAUUUAUGUGCCACGUGUAAUUUUGCCUGGUUGCGCGGAGAAGUCAGACAAAAACGCAAAUUAAAUCUGGAAAAUGAGGACCAUUUUUUGUACAUUUGUAAUUAAGAGCCUUUUGCUAAACACUCAAAUGUAUUUAAUGUUGCCAGUUUAUAGGGACGCUUGGUUUGUCGUGUCAAAUGCUUAACUUUAUAUUUAUACAUGAAAUCCUGAGUGAAUGUCAGUGUUUUAAUAAAGAAAUCAAUGUGACUAUA